CAGCGAUUGCAGAGCGCCCAUUUUCCCAGCCCGAACAAAACCCGGAGCGGUGGAAUCCCUCGCCCGGAGCGCCCCGGCGGCCACUGGGCAUGCUCCGUCGUCAGUCAGGCUGGGGCCGGGAGCAGCCAGCGCCGUGCGCGCCGGCGGGUUCCUCCCGCGGCCGCACGUCCUCCGCCUCCCAAGCCGGGGGCGGGCGCGUGAUGGCGGCGGCGGCGGGGAGCGCCAGCGGCGGGAGCAGCAGCAGUGACACGUCGAGCACCGGCGAGGAGGAGAGGAUGCGGCGCCUCUUCCAGACCUGCGACGGCGACGGCGACGGCUACAUCAGCAGAAAUGACUUGUUGAUGGUCUGUCGCCAAUUGAAUAUGGAAGAGUCUGUGGCAGAGAUCAUGAACCAACUGGGCGCUGAUGAAAAUGGGAAGAUUUCCCUUCAGGAUUUUACACGGUGCCGUAUGCAGCUCAUCAGAGAAAUCAGGAAGGAGGAAAUAGGCCUUUCUGAGAAGUCAGACAACUCCUGGCAAAAGAAGAGGCUGAGGGACAGAAUUGCCUCCUGGCCCACGAGCAGUGACAACAGUCUGGGUGCCUUAUCAGCAGCCAGGGAGAGCUGGGAGUACUACUCGGGAGCCAGGGACCUCCAGAGCCCGGACUUGCAGAGUCAGCCAGCCCUGCAGAAGCUUUUGGAGUAUGGGGGAAGCUCUUUGCACCAGCAGGCUGCUGUGCUCCGCAAGCUGCUCAUGAAGUCCCCGCGCUUUGGCAACUCCAUAGGAGGAAGCUAUCUAGAACUGGCCAACACGCUCCACUUGGCAGCCCUGGCGUCACUCAAGGGAGAUAUAGUGGAGCUUAAUAAACGUCUGCAGCAAACGGAGCGGGAACGGGACCUUCUGGAAAAGAAGUUGGCCAAGGCACAGUGUGAGCAGUCCCACCUCAUGAGAGAGCAUGAGGACGUCCAGGAGCGAACAACACUUCGGUACGAGGAACGCAUCACAGAACUGCACAGCAUCAUCGCUGAGCUCAAUAAGAAGAUAGACCGUUUGCAAGGCACCACCAUCAGGGAGGAAGAUGAGUACUCGGAAUUGCGAUCGGAGCUCAGCCAGAGUCAACAUGAGGCCAACGAGGACUCUCACAGCGUGGAUCAGGACCAGACCUCUGUGUCUGUCCCUGAAAACCAGUCCACCAUGGUCACUGCAGACAUGGAUAACUGCAGUGACCUGAACUCGGAGCUGCAGAGGGUGCUGACGGGGCUGGAGAACGUGGUCUGCUGCAGGAAAAAGAGCAGCUGCAGCCUGUCAGUGGCAGAGGUGGACAGGCACAUUGAGCAGCUGACCACGGCCAGCGAGCGCUGUGACUUGGCCAUCAAGACAGUGGAGGAGAUCGAGGGGGUCCUCGGCCGGGACCUGUACCCCAGCCUGGCAGAGGAGCGGUCCCGGUGGGAGAAGGAGUUGGCGGGGCUGAGGGAGGAGAACGAGAGCCUGACGGCCAUGCUGUGCAGCAAGGAGGAGGAGCUGCACAGGACCAAGGCCACCAUGAAUGCCAUCCGGGAGGAGCGCGACCGGCUGCGGAGGAGGGUUAGAGAGCUUCAAACUCGCCUGCAGAGCGUGCAGGCCACGGGCCCCUCCAGCCCUGGCCGCCUCACUUCCGCCAACCGCCCCGUUAACCCCAGCACUGGAGAACUGAGCACGAGCAGCAGCAGCAAUGACAUCCCCAUCGCCAAGAUCGCCGAGAGGGUGAAGCUCUCCAAGACCAGGUCUGAAUCUUCGUCGUCUGAUCGGCCAGUCCUAGGCUCAGAGAUCAGCAGCAUCGGGGUGUCCAGCAGCGUGGCAGAGCACCUGGCCCACUCUCUUCAGGACUGCUCCAACAUUCAGGAAAUCUUCCAGACUCUCUACUCCCAUGGAUCUGCCAUCUCGGAAAGCAAGAUUAGAGAGUUUGAGGUGGAAACGGAGCGGCUGAACAGCCGUAUCGAACACCUCAAAUCCCAAAAUGACCUUCUGACUAUAACCCUGGAAGAAUGCAAGAGCAAUGCUGAGAGGAUGAGCAUGCUGGUGGGGAAGUACGAAUCCAAUGCCACCGCGUUGAGGCUGGCCCUGCAGUACAGCGAGCAGUGCAUCGAAGCCUAUGAACUCCUCCUGGCUCUGGCCGAGAGCGAGCAGAGCCUCAUCCUGGGGCAGUUCCGGGCGGCCGGUGUGGGGUCGUCCCCUGGAGACCAGUCAGGGGAUGAAAACAUUACUCAGAUGCUCAAGCGAGCCCACGACUGCCGGAAGACAGCUGAGAACGCCGCCAAGGCCUUGCUCAUGAAGCUGGACGGCAGCUGCGGGGGCGCCUUCGCGGUGGCCGGCUGCAGCGGGCAGCCCUGGGAGAGCCUGUCCUCCAACAGCCAUACCAGCACGACCAGCUCCACAGCCAGCAGCUGUGACACGGAGUUCACUAAAGAAGACGAGCAAAGGCUGAAGGACUACAUCCAGCAGCUCAGGAACGACAGGGCAGCAGUCAAGCUGACCAUGCUGGAGCUGGAGAGCAUCCACAUCGACCCUCUCAGCUACGACGUCAAGCCCCGGGGAGACAGCCAGCGACUAGACCUGGAAAACGCGGUGCUGAUGCAGGAGCUCAUGGCCAUGAAGGAGGAGAUGGCCGAGCUGAAGGCCCAGCUCUACCUCCUGGAGAAGGAGAAGAAGGCCCUGGAGCUGAAGCUGAGCACACGAGAAGCCCAGGAGCAGGCCUACCUGGUCCACAUCGAGCACCUCAAGUCUGAGGUGGAGGAGCAGAAGGAGCAGCGCACGCGGUCCCUCAGCUCCACCAGCAGCGGAGGCAAGGACCCGGCCGGCAAGGAGUGUCCAGACGCCGCCUCCCCUGCCCUGUCCCUGGCCGAACUGCGGACGGCGUGCGGCGACAGCGAGCUGGCCACGGAGUUUGCGAACGCCAUCCGUCGAGAGAAGAAGUUAAAGGCCAGAGUUCAAGAGUUGGUGAGUGCCUUGGAAAGACUCACAAAGAGCAGUGAAAUCCGACACCAGCAAUCAGCAGAGUUUGUUAAUGACCUAAAGAGAGCCAACAGCAACCUGGUGGCUGCCUAUGAGAAAGCAAAGAAGAAGCAUCAAAACAAACUCAAGAAGUUGGAGUCUCAGAUGAUGGCCAUGGUGGAGAGACACGAGACCCAAGUGAGGAUGCUCAAGCAAAGAAUAGCUCUGCUGGAGGAGGAGAACUCCAGACCGCACACCAACGAAACGUCACUGUAGUCAGCACUUGGGCUCCACGGUUCUAUCCAUGGAGCUAGGGUCUAGCAGUCACUGAGGAGGGGGCCUCAGAGGACGAGACCUGUCGGGAGAAGGAGAGGGAAGGUUGGCAGGUGGGCUGGCACUCUUGGCAGGGAGGCGCCCUGGACUCAGCCUCGGGGCAGGUGGCCCCGGUGAGGGUCCCGAGGGUCCCCCCUGCCCUCCUGGGCUGUGGGCAGCGUGGGGACUCCUGCCCCGCGCCCCAGCUCCGCAGGGCUUCCUGCCGCUUUCAGCACUGGCUCUAUCCCUCGCCCACAUUUUCUGUAUCUGUGGUAUACUCCAGGCAUCAUGUUUGAUUUUCCAGUCUUUGCAGCCUUACCUCAGGCAUUCCAUAUUUCUCCUUUCUCCUUCUAGGGAAAACUGGUGGGGGUGGUGGGGGCAGAGGGGAGGCAGUGCUCCGCAUCAAGAAGAGCUGCUUCUUCCUUUCCUGCAACCAGGCUUUGGUUUUCAAGUCCCAGGUAUCAACUCUUUAGGAGGCGGCUGUCACUCACAGGUGUCCCGGGAGGUUGAUCACAGGCGGACAGCAUGUAGGUGUUCCUUCCAGUCCCAGGUUUGAGGCUACAGGUGGAGCAGUUGGGUCUGACCUCACAGUGGCGGCGGGGACGGGCAGGGAACGCUCUUUAGACAGGAACUGCCCUGUCCCAGUGCCACCUUACCAAUAGCUGAGAGUCCUGUUGAUCCGUGUCAGGGCCCUAAACUGUCAGGAGCAGAGGCGCAGUAGUGCUUCCUGACUCGGGCACCGCGCAGAACUGCUGUUCUCCACGAAUCAAAGCUCCCCGACCUGAACACACUGAUGGCUUCACACCUGCCUCUCUCUCGAGGGAAAUGAUCUGCAGCUGAUCCACAUAUUUAAGGGACUGCUUCUGUGGCACCGGUUCAGGAGUGCGCCCCUGCUGUUCCAGAGGGCAGAGGACAAGGGAAGGCUGAGGAGGCCUCCUCUUAGCCCCCAGAAACGUGGCAAUGGGUGGCAGAUGGUGAGUCCACGGGUGUCAGUUACAGCACAAUGGUGACAGGACUGGGCAGGACCAAAGUACCUGAAUUCUUUCAGGAAGGUCUUCCAUUUGAAAAUCAACUCUUCAUCCCUUUUCUACUGUAAUGUUCCCUGUUGCAGUUUUUCAGUUCUCACCGCCCUAGGCUGACAACAUUUUAAAGGACCACUUGCCAUUUUUCCUGAAGACCCACCCAAAGUCACUUAGAAGAAAAACGCCCAACGCUACAGUUCAAAGAUCUGCUUACGACCAGAUCACUGCAUUCACGUCUCGGUGUCAGUGAGCUCUUCUGAGAGGCAGGACACAGAUUCCGCAGCCUUCAGUCUGACAGGGAAGGACACCCCAGCCAGCGUCUGCAAAGGCAGAGCACGGCCAUCCCCCAAGGAAGGGCCGUCCUGUCUCAGGCCAGCAGCGAGGCCACCCCAUCUUCAAACAGUCAUCAUCAGCUGGCCUCAGGCCCAGCUCUCGGGUGCUGUGGUCAUGGCGAAGGCCCUCACCAGCUUCUGGUUCUGUUAUAGAUAACGUAAACUUUGUUCUUGUAACAGUCAGUUUUUACUCUUUGGAUAGUUUCAUUACAAGGAAAAUGUAAUGACCCAAGAGUGUGUUUUUAGAAAAAAGUAUAGCAGAUGAAAUCAUGGUUUUCCCCAUUUUUCCAACUUGCCCAGGGGAAACAUGUUCCCGAAGCAAACCGAGCUGUGCAGGGCGGGGAACGGGCAUCAGAGAUGGGAGGCUCUAAGACCAACACUGCAAAGGGUGCCGGCGCAGAACCUGUCUACCAUUCUCGCUCUAAGGGACAACAGAGCCUGCUCUUACAGAGUCCUGGAACCCAUCCCAGACCUGGGAAGCCUCAGUUCCUACGUUAAGAGCCCCAGCAUUACUGCCCCUACUUAGCUCAUUUUGAGUUUAUAUUUCUACAUAAUACUGGUUGGGUGAACACUUUCCCUGGCAAAACUGUUACUUUUAUAAAUGUGUAGAAUAAAAGCUAUUAAAUAGUUGA